AUGCGACAAAAAAAACCCCUCGAGUAUGAAGAGUGGCCCUCUAAAGGCACCACGCCGAUGCAGCAGACUGAUUGGCAGGCACGUGCCGACGCCACUGCGUGUUUUCCCAAUCCCAUGUACGCUUCCGGAGCAGACCGCACGUAUUCUGGGGGACCAAGCGGCUGCCGUGCUCUCUGUAGUUUCAUCCGCUCCAAGCUUGCCUACGUGGCCACGGGUAUUGCCGUGUUGCUCAUCCUGGUCUGUGUGGGACUUUCCCUUCUGGCGUUCAUCAACAAUGAGGAGAUAUCUGAACUGACCACCACUCUUGGCGCCUUUAAGAACUACCAAGACAACAUGUCCACCAUUGUUGACGCCAUGAAGCCCGACCAAGACUUCAUGAACCAACUGUUCACCACUGUUGAUGCCUUGAAGCAUCACGAUGAUGACGACAUGCGCCGACUGUCCACCAUUGUUGACACGUUGAAGCGCGACCAAGAUGACAUGCCUCAACUGACCACCACUGUUGACGCCUUAAAGCAUGACCAAGACGACCUACGCCAACUAACCACCAAUGUUGACGCCUUGAAACGCGACCUGGCCAAGGAGCUAAUCCGAACCGGCCCAACCAUGGAGCAGAGUGUUGACGAGACGAGUGAGACGUCAGUAUUCGUGUUAUAG